UCAUUGUUUUUCUGCUGUCAGUUCCCUGGACCACUCAAGCUUGGGGCUGCUAGGAAGGCUGUGUGUUCGCGGAGCCGGCCGGGCCGACCCCAGCCAGGGAAAUGAUCUCCGCCGCGCCUUUCGUCGGUUGAGGAAAGGCCUCCCUGGCAGGGUGGCAGGCCAGCCGCAGCGCGGGGCGCCGGUCACAAAGCGUGCAUUGUCGUCCUGUCCUGCCGCUGAAUGUCGGUCCCAGAGGAUGAAGAGAGGCUUUUGCCGCUCGCCCAGAGAUGGCCCCGAGCGAGCAAAUUCCUACUGUCUGGCUGCGCGGCUACCGUGGCCGAGCUAGCAACCUUUCCUCUCGAUCUCACAAAAACUCGACUUCAAAUGCAAGGAGAAGCUGCCCUUGCUCGGUUGGGAGACAGUGCAAGAGAAUCUGCUCCCUAUAGGGGCAUGGUGCGCACAGCCCUAGGGAUUGUCCAAGAGGAAGGCUUUCUAAAGCUUUGGCAAGGAGUGACACCCGCCAUUUACAGACACGUAGUGUACUCUGGAGGUCGAAUGGUCACAUAUGAACACCUCCGUGAAGCUGUGUUUGGCAAAAGUGAAGAUAAGCAUUAUCCCCUUUGGAAAUCAGUGAUUGGAGGGAUGAUGGCUGGUGUGGUUGGCCAAUUUUUAGCCAACCCAACUGACCUAGUGAAGGUUCAGAUGCAAAUGGAAGGAAAAAGGAAACUCGAAGGAAAACCAUUGAGAUUUCGUGGUGUACAUCAUGCAUUUGCAAAAAUCUUGGCAGAAGGAGGAAUACGUGGGCUUUGGGCAGGCUGGGUGCCCAAUAUACAAAGAGCAGCGCUGGUGAAUAUGGGAGAUUUAACCACUUACGAUACAGUGAAACACUACUUGGUACUGAAUACAUCACUUGAGGAGAAUAUCAUGACUCACGGUUUAUCUAGUUUAUGUUCUGGACUGGUAGCUUCUAUUCUGGGAACACCAGCUGAUGUCAUCAAAAGCCGAAUAAUGAAUCAACCACGAGAUAAGCAAGGAAGGGGACUUCUAUAUAAAUCAUCUACUGACUGCUUGCUUCAGGCUGUUCAAGGAGAAGGAUUCAUGAGUCUAUAUAAGGGCUUUUUACCGUCUUGGCUGCGAAUGACCCCUUGGUCACUGGUGUUCUGGCUUACUUAUGAAAAAAUCAGAGAGAUGAGUGGAGUCAGUCCAUUUUAAGCCCUUACAGAUACAGUGUUCAUUCAGUAUCGUUGAAAUAUGGGCAUCUGCAACAUACCCCCUAUUAUUUCUACCUCUUUAGGAAGACAUCUUACUCUACAGAGACUGUGAUUUAUAGGGGGCAGCACUUUAUUUUUCUCUGGAAACCCGAGUUCUCUUUGACUCCUCUUUUUGUUCAAAAGCAAUCUGGUUGGAUCACACACGGCCACCCAAUGAGACCCAGCACAGCACUUUCUGAAGAAGAAUGGAAUCCUGGCCACUUACCUUGAGAGAUCUGACCUUCGAGAAGUUAUUCUAUGCUCAAGAGCCCGCUUAGAGGAGAAGUGCCAGAAGGGAGACAGCAUCUCAGAACCAAAGCAGACAAUAGGAAUGGGGGAAGACCACACACACACAUACAUACAUACAUACAUAGUGAUUAAGAAAUAUAUUUAACCUGUAUGUCAGUAUUUUCAAAUGAAAUUUGACAAUUCAUUUUUCUGUUGUUAAAGUGCACAUACUGUAAAUUAAAGAGAGGUGAAUGAAAAUCCAUAGACAUUUUGAAUUUCCGUAGAGUUGAAGGAAGCUGAUGUACCUUUUCUUGCCAGGAGGAUGAAAAAAAUCAAGUUGCGAUGAUGUUUGGAUUUCAAGGAAAGCAGCUGCUUUCUGUCAGUGCCCCAUCAUUGGUUAGAGCUGUGUUAAUUGGUUAGCACUCCAUUGCAUAUGCUAAGGACUUCCUGCCAGCCAUGCACUCUGAAUUUUGAUGAGAACAAAGAGUAUUUACUUUGUUCCAUAUCCCAUUGCAACUUGGAUUUGUUGCUAGCUCUCGAAAAUGUUCAAUAUAUUAAAAAUCCAACGUACUGGAUUAAAGUUAAGGUGGAUAGAUCUUUUUAAUAAAGCAACUUCUGUUAUAAGCUUUUUAGUGGCAUUUUAGAAGCCAGGCUAAGAUGAAGUCAGCCAGUUCUGACAUGCAUCUUCUUGUCUCCCCUUCCCUACCACUACGGGCCCUAGAGAGAGAGAGAACUCAGAAAUGAUACUGAAGCUAUCUCUAGCCUGAGUCUUAUUCAGUUUGGCAAAGCUUCCUGCCUAAAAAAAUUCCUAAGUAUAAACUGCUUAUGGUAUACAGUUGUCUCCAAUCCCUGAGUUACAUCCAUGUUCUAAUUGUAGAACAGUGAUUUCCUUGGAUUCACCUGUCAACUACCGGCUCCCCCAACCUCAGACAGUAGGCAUUUCUGGAUGGAUGGCUACAGUUAUGGGUAGAGGCUGUAACUGUCAAAAAAGGAAAACUCAAAGCUGACCCCAAAAAAACCUUGGAGCAGACGAAAUAGAAUUUGUUAUGGACAUGGAUGACGCUAGUCAGAAAAAUGUUUACGUGCUCUGUAGUUGCACUAAUGCAUAAUCACUGCCAUUCAAGAGGGGAAAUAUCCUUUAAAAUAUAUUUUAAUGUGAUGUACUAAUUUGCAGUAGCUUAUUGUUUUUUUAUAGUUUGCAUAAUGUGGAGUUUAAUCUCUUAAAAUCUUCAGAUGGUGUACUUUUCCAUUGUAUUUGUCAAUCUGAAUUGAAUUGUUAAAUAUAUUUAAAAGAACAGUAUGUACUUAAAUUCCCAAAUGUUCUGCAUUGGAACCACUUGGGGAACUUUUGAUUUUUUUAUGCUUUAUAAUAUUUAAAAUUACGUAAAGACUGGGUCAAAAAAAACUAUAUGCAAACUGGUUCAUAAAAAAUUUUACUUAGCUUUAUUCUUUGAGGGACUUGGGGUGAAAAACAUUGCUUAAGUACUGAGACUCUUUCUUGGUAUCUGGAUUCAGCAUGAAUAAUUGCAGGAAUUUUUUUAACCUGAGAUGAUUUCUUGGGAUUAUCUGGCAUAACCCUUUCAUUUUACAUGUUUGGAACUAAGCCCCCGAGAAGUAGAGUUGUUCAUGCUCGUAAGUUACUUAGUAGCAGAGCCAGGAUAAUAAUACAGAUCUCCUAAUUACAACCGAAAUGUAUUGUAAAGUUUCUCUGUAUGACAUUUUUUUUGCCAUACACAUGUUAAAUGAAUUUGAAUUGUCUUUAGCAUCAAUUUUAGAAUGGAGUCACCGUGCUUUAGCUUGAACAUUAAGACCCUCCAUAAUCUGACGAAAUCCUGUAUAUUCAACACAGAUAUCCUAUCACAGUCAUACUUUCUAGUGAAAUCAUAUUCAUUAACGUAUCUUGGAACUUUGUUUUAUCUUUACCCACUUGAAAUCAUCUUGCUCCUCUCCCAAAUAAACAACAGAAAAUAAAAAGGAAUAAAAAUUUCAGUAAUUUUGUGUCCAUACUGAAAGACUUAACCAUUUCAAUCUCACUAUCUUAUUAUAUACUACUACUAUAUGUGGUAUUUAUCUUCAGCUCAGUAUUGACAACACUUAAGAUCUAAGCUUCUUUUGCUUAACCACGUCUUUUCUCCUCCCAAAUGAUUUUUUUUUGGGGGGGGUCAUGUGAAAAUUUAUUACUACUGUGUUUUCACCAUCAAAAUUGAAAAAUACAUAUUUUAAUUAUAUAGUCAUUUAUAUGUAUAAGUGAAUUAGCAUAUAUAUCUAGAUAAAAUGUCCUAGAUUUGCUUUUAGUAAGGAAUAAUGUGUCUCCAAAUCCUAUCUGAUUACAAGUGACUAGAGGUAGAACUAAGUCUUGUUUUUAUAUAAAUCUCUACUUUCAUAAGUAGCAUUUAUUUGCUGUUAGGUACUCAACAAAAGUUGAUUACAGUUACAUAUACCAUGAAUCAAUUUUGUCUUCAUUAUUUUAAGAAUAUCGUAAGACUAAUCCGAAUUUUUUUUCACUUUGUUAAGAAAAAGGAUACAAAUUCAGGGAGAUUUUAAAUGUAAAAAUUUUGCUGUUCUGUCAUUUUCAAAGCUGUAAGCACAACCAUUUAUUUACAAUUGAAAUUGUUAUGUAUGGUUUCUGUUAAUGAAAAUAGAUUCCCUCAGGACCUCCAAUGGAAAAAAAAAAAAGUUUAGUUUUAACACUUGUGGUUAAAAAAAUUAGGGGUGAAAUACUAAAUUCUCUUCUCCCCAAUUAAACCAGGACUCAUUAAAGUGAUUACCAAAUAAGUAUACAUUAUUAUUGAAUACCAGAUAAUAUGGAGGAAAGACAGCGUGGAUUCUAAAGACCUUUAUCCUUCUUUGGGUUUUACUUCUGACAAAGCAGUGUAACUAUGAUCAAGUCCCUUUUCUUGAUUUCUGUUUCUUUAUAAGAUGAACUGUUUGAACUCUAAGAUCUUAAAUUGCACGUUCUUGAAGGGGCAAAUAUAUUGAAGCCAUGUGAAAAAAAGGAUUAAAAAAUGUAUUGGGAUUUUUUCCCCCUAGAUUUAAUUAAUCUCUCAUAUGUUAAGAUUGGGAAAGGUUUAUUGAGGCCUUAAAGUACACUAAUACAAACUUUUUAUAUGGCUGGCGAGUGUCACCUGGAAAUCCAGAGUUGCAGUCAUCUUCCUUCAGACAACUCCAGGCAUGGCACCCCAUAUUUAUCCCUUCAGUUGCUCCUUCAUACACACACACUAUAAAAAUUAAAAUCCUUAAUACUAUACCCAAGAACCUCUCAAUCUGACCCCAACCUGUUUUCCUAACCUUUGCAUUUUACUGCACACCUGGCACUCCACCUCCUUUUUAAAUGCACUGCUCACUUACUUCUCUGGAGAUGCUCUUGGCUGCAUCUCAUGCAGUGUUCAUGCCGUGCCCUCCACACAACUCCUCCCAUCACCACCACCCAUUCCUCUUCACUUCCUUCCAAUGGUUAAAUCCUACUUUAAUAUCUAGAAUGAUCUCUGAAGACUUCAAUAUCUUCAACCCCCUGUGCUCCCGUUGCAUCCUCUACUGCGGAAAAGUUUCUACAUACGGAUGUGUGCCUGCUUCCCCUGUACAGAAUGAACUGCUUACAAGCAAGGACGAUCUGUUAUAACUGUUUCUCUUAUACAAGUCAAAUAGAAGGUAUAUGCUGAAUUCAGAGAUUUUUGGGGGGUGGAGAGAGAAAAACAUUUAUGCACACAUGAUGAAGUCAUGUUGUUUUCCUCCUACCUUCAGAAUAAUAAUAUUGGGUCAGUGACACUUGAUUUCAUGCGAUUACCAUAUUAAGUGCUUAACUGCAUUUCCAAAAGAUCCUGUGUGUUCAAGCAUGUAAUUAUUAUUAUUUUUGAGAAGUAUUCAUCAGUUUAAUAGCUAUUCCACAAAAAUCUAGAAUUUGAUAGUUUUAAAUAACAUAUUUGGUUAGUUGAUUAAAAAUUAAAAUGUGAUGAGUUUAUAUUAUUCUUCAUUUUAAAGUGUGUAUGGAAAUUAUAUCACUAAUUUGGCCUUCACGGAUACCAUACAAAUGCACAUUUUACCCACUCAAGUGUUUUACUAUUUCUGAAUUUUGAGGAAUACAUGAUUAUUUUUCUCUCCCCGUACUUUACCCCCAACAGGCUGCUGUGAUUGUCAACAGCAGCAGGAUCCACUUUGAAGGUUUGAUAAAAGCAGAUGAAGAUGCUAAAAGGUGUCUGUUUGCUGAAAAUGUCUGGUAACAAACAGGAAUAUAUGUGAGUAAAUAUAGUGCAUUAUUCUGAUUUUUAAAAUAAAAUGUUUUAAAAU